AUGGAGUUUCGAACAUGGUAUUUGAAAACAUCAAAAUUGGCUCUGGCACUAGCGAUUAUCCGCUCAAAACCACCAGACAGAAACAGCAGAGAAUAUACAGAGCAUCUUGCUAAGAUGUUAUCUAGACAAGAUGGAGAGUGGAGAUCAAAAGUUGAAGCUUUGGAAACUGAAGUUCUGCAAUUACGUCAAAAACUUCUUUUGAGCCAGAUCUGUCGGAGAUCGUAUAAGUCUGGGACAGUAGCUGCGCCUCUGUCCUCUAAGGAGUCUGAAAGUCCUGAGAACAUCUCCAGUCAGCUGGAAGACUCUGGCUGUGAUGUGUUAAGUGAGAAUAGAACUGAUCCUUCAGAACUGUCCCAAAAUGUUGAAGAGAGUUCUACUUCAUCUUCUGAAAUUUCUGUAUAUCAACUGCCCAUUGUGAAAAGUCACUGUGCCUUCCAAGAAAAAACUUUAUCUUCUCACCUGCAGUUUUUGCAACAUGUGCUUGAACUGAAGAACUUGACAGAAUCUGGUAGUUUGAAAACAGAUUUAAAUAAGAUUGAAAGUGACUGUUCCACAGUAUCUGAUUCUGUUUUUCGAUUGCUUGAUGGCCUGAUAACUUUUUACAGUGACCCUAAACUCCCUUUCUCAAACUUUUUGACAGAAGCAGUUUGUGUUUUGACUAGGUUAAUCGAUGAUUGUAAUUUAUCUAAUCACAUACUUAAAAAAUGUUUCAAGAAGUUGGAAGAAUUUGAGAAAACUCUAGUGCAAGUUAUUUUAAGGAACAGCAGUAUUAAUCGGUUUCAGGUACAGCAUUACAUCUCUAAUAGUCUGGUCGUACUGGGGAAGUGCAGUUUUUUAAGAAAACCUGUCAUAUCUCUGCUUUUAUCACAAGUCAACAACUUCACUGAUGAAUUGAGGAAUAUGCAUCAGGUCCAGGCUGGAUAUGAUGUGACACGCUAUGAGAAUAUUUUCUCUCUCUUCUGGGUUCUAGAACAGCUGCUUCAAGAUGGAACAGAGGACAAUAUCAUGCCAAGUAUAGGCCCUGCAGAACAGGAGACCAAGAAGUUUCUUGAGCAACUUGAUGCAACUGUUCUCCAUCUCUCAGAUGAUUUCCCUUUGUUUACUUUAUACUUAUGGAGAGUGGGUGUUCUUUUGAACUCAGCUCAGAUGAGAACUAUUGAAAAUAACUCACCUCCCUAG